ACCUAGGGAGAGAACCAGAGACCCAACAUGGUUCCCGUGACGAUGGCGCGUUUAAACCGUCUUCUCCCCUUUUGCACUCUGCUCACCGGCACGGUGUCUGGCGCUGCCGUAGACACAACCCUCCGGCCUCGCGCCACGGAGUUCAACAACCCCGUGCUCUGGGAGGACUAUCCUGACUUGGACGUUUUCCGGGUUGGGUCGGUCUUCUACUACUCGUCCUCUACAUUCGCCUACUCUCCCGGCGCCCCAGUCCUCAAGUCCUACGAUCUGGUGAACUGGACUCCCGUUACGCACUCCGUCCCCACCCUCAACUUUGGGGACCAGUACAACCUCACCGACGGUACGCCCGGCGCCUACGUCAAGGGCAUCUGGGCCUCGACUCUCCGCUACCGCGAGUCCAACGACAAGUUCUACUGGUAUGGCUGCAUCGGCUUCGGCAAGACCUACAUCUGGACCAGUUCGGGAACCGGCGCCGGCACCAACGACGGCGAGGUUGACCCGUCCAAGUGGCAAUGGGAAUCCCACCCACCCAUCGACUCGUGCUACUACGACAGCGGCCUGUUCAUCGACGACGACGACACCAUGUACGUGGCGUACGGCAACCCCAACAUCGAAAUCGCGCAGCUGUCCGCCGACGGGCUCAGCCAGGUCCGCUCGCAGACGGUCUUCACCCCGCAGAGCGGCACGACCAUCGAGGGGGCGCGCAUGUACAAGGUCGACGGGGCGUACUACAUCCUGGUGACGCGGCCGGCGGACGCCGAGUACGUGCUCAAGUCGACGUCGGGCCCGCUCGGCCCCUACACGCAGCGCACGCUGGUGUCGCGCAUCAACGGCCCGCUCGCCAACGCCGGGUUCUCCCACCAGGGCGGCAUGGUCGACGCCCCCGACGGCACCUGGUACUAUGUCGCCUUCAUGGACGCCUACCCCGGCGGCCGCAUCCCCGUUGUCGCGCCCCUGGCCUGGACAGAUGAUGGCUGGCCGGAGCUGGUCACGGACGACCAGGGGAACUGGGGGAAGAGCUACCCCGUGCCGGUGGAGACGAGCAAGACGGUGCCGGAUAGCAAUGAGUUGGAGGAGUUUAAGGGUUCGGAGCUGAGCCACCACUGGGAGUGGAACCAUAACCCGGACACGUCCAAGUGGGCGUUUGCGGAGGGCGACCAGGGCGGGUUGGUGCUGCAGACGGCGACGGUGACGGAUGAUCUGUUCGGCGCGAGGAACACGCUGACGCGGCGCAUUGCCGGGCCCAAGUCGAGCGGCACCUUCAGGUUGGAUGUGAGCAAGAUGAAGGACGGUGAUAGGGCUGGCGCGGUGCUCUUCCGGGACCGGGCUGGGUACAUCGGUGUGUGGAAGGAAGGGAAUGAGGCACGCAUUGUCGUAGUUGACGACCUGCGGUUGACUGAGGGUACUUGGACAACUGCUUCAACGGGCAGAACCGCCGAGACGGGUCCGACCGUGAGCGACACGGCAGAUGUUUGGUUUAGGAUCGAGGCCGACAUCACGCCGGCGUUUGGAACCAACACAGAGAGGACCACGUCGUUCGCCUACAGCGUGGACGGGGGUAACACUUUCGUCAAGCUUGGGCCGGCCCUGAAGAUGACCAACGCAUGGAAUUAUUUCACAGGGUACAGGUUCGGUGUCUUCAACUUUGGCACCAAGGACCUUGGAGGAGAGGUUACGGUCAAGAGCUUCCAGAUGGAACCCUUGUGAGCACCAUAGUUGCAAGUAGGAGAAUCGAAUCCCGAAAUGAUACAGC